AUGGGGCUUCUUGAGGAAUGUAGCGUAUCCAGUCCUUGCUCAAAUCCACCUAAGAAUCUCGCUGGCCUUAAAAAGCUUGUUGCUCAAGGGCAAUUCGUAACGGCAUCCGGAAGUGCCUCUUUUGACGCCCUUCUAGGUGGUGGACAGAUUGUCGGCACUACUUGUCUUUUUGUCGAGGACAUUCAUGGCACCUAUGCUAAUUACUUCAUAAAACUGUUUGCUGCGCAGGGCUUGGUUAACAGUCACAGGUUAUGCUUAAUCUCCGCUGUUGAAUGCUACGAUGGCUUUCUGAAGAGCCUUCCCGGUUUGCCCGAGGCAAGUAAGAAUCCAGAUGCGUCUACAGGCGAUGAUUAUUUGGAUAUUGCCUGGCGUUACAAGGAUAUAUUACCACAGGCGACAGCCCCGCAGAAAUCGUCAUUCUCUCAUCAGUUUGACAUGGCCUCAACGCUGAACCUUGCGGACUACCCUACCAAUGAAGUUUCAAAGUGCGCUCUGCGAGUAGAUCCUCGAAAGAGCCUUCGCGAUAACCUCGAUACAGUCCUAGAGCACAUUACUAGUAUUGCCAGCAGUGACCAAAAACAAGUUAACAGGAGCAUCAUAGAGUCUUUGGCUUCGCCUCUCUGGGGUAGACAACCAGAAGAUCUGCCAAAUUGUCUGGCCAAUUUUCUUCUGCGUUUGCGCCUGAUCUUGCGAGACACCUUCACUGUCGUCUACCUCACUAUACCACCUUCGAUUAUCAAGGUAAAAAGGCCAAACCUUCCACUCACCAAACAUGCUCUUUGA